GGAAAACAUAGCAUGAGACACGUUUGACUGGACAAUGCAGUUUGAUCUUUUUUUCUUUCUUACCCAUUUUCAUCCUUCAAAUGAAUAAUUUCACCGUGUGACAGAAAGAGGAGCUGGACUCUGAUCCUGAUCCUCCAAACUACAGGGUGAAACACCAGGAAGCUGUAUUCGCCACUUCAUGAUCAGCAUUGAGGGGCACACCAUUUGUGAGGGCACCUCGCUCGCUACAGUCUUUUCUACUCACUACAGCCUCAAUCUUCAGUCCCAAGAUGAAGCUGCAUCCACACGGGAAUUCAUUCAAAGGCAUCAAGGCUGGAUGGGUCAAAGACUUGGAAAAUGGGGAAGGUCAGAGAAAAAGAUGGCAUCAGUCAACCCUUGUGCCUCCAGUCAAAUGAAGGACUUUGAGUGAGACUCUAUAUAAGAAUCAACAGCAGUUAUAGAUGUGGCAGAUGAGCUCAAGCAGCUCAACAGCUCUCAGAGCAGUGCCACUGCCAUCGACGCAGUCACCAAGAAGAAAGAUGAAAGGCAACCGUGGAGGUAUCGACUCUUCGGGCGCCCCUUGAAAAAGGAAAAUCUUCCUAAAGACAACAAACAAAGCGUCACCACCUCAGAUGGCAAAAAAUCAAAGGAGGUGAAGAAGCCACGUUGGUGGAUGUUUUGGAAGAAGAGAUGUAAGGUUGGACCCAUCCCUGAAGAACAAAAGCCGAAGGAGGAGUGCCACUCCAAACCUAAAACACCUAAACACCACACCAAGAAGGAGGAACAGCCAAAACAGAACAAUGUUCCUAAAGACCAACUUAAGAGAAAGAAGGAAGUUACAGUGGCCCCCAUUAAGACCCCCAGAUAUAAGCAGAUGAGCUGUCUUGGGUUUCCCAACCCAGUGCAGAUCUGCUAUAUGAACUCCUGCCUGCAGAGCCUCCUGACACUGGUAUGCUUUAUCAGAGACAUUAGCCAACAGCAGCAGGUUUGGAGUCUGAGCCCAAAUGCAUCAAUCAUAAGAUCAUUAAUAGAUAUCAAAGAGUCCCAUUUCUCCAGUAAUGCUCGUCAAAAACUCUGCGUUCUUGCUGCAUUCAAGAAGGCGGUGUCGCUUAGGGACAGUGAAUUUGAAGAUCUUACUCAGAAAGAUGCUCAUGAGUUCCUCACGUCCGUGCUGCACCAGAUCAGGUCCUUGGGCCAAGAGCUGCAGGUGCUGGCUGCCAGCAAUGGCACGACCUACAGCUGUCCGGUGGAGAAUAACAUGGUGUUUAAAAUGCUAAACACCAGGAAGUGCAAGAGUUGCGGAACAGGAUCUGCUAGAGAGGAGGAUUUCACAAACUUAUCCUUGGACAUGAUACCCGGAGGAGGAACAGUACAUGAAAUGAUCGAAGAUUACCAGAAGGAAACGGAGUUGGAGUAUUUAUGCAAGUGCGGUGGUACCGUGUCAGGCCAGCAAUCAUCAUUCAUCAAUCUGCCAAGAGUGCUCGUCUUACACGUGAAGCGCUUCAAGUAUUCUCCAACAUACCAGCUUAUAAAAGACCAUGACCCCAUCGUCCUUUCCAGAGAAGUUGUGGUGUCAUCCAAGAAGGGUGGUGGCUGCUACAGUUUGGUUAGCACCGUCAACCAUAUCGGCCCCACAGCAACAACAGGACACUACAUCUGUGACGGGGUGGAUCCAGAUGUCGGCCAGAGAGACCCGACUGACCGGUGGUUCACCUACAAUGAUGCAGUGGUCACUGAGACAAGUGGUGCCUCUGUCUGUGACCACCGGCAAAGAACUUCCUAUAUCCUGUUUUACCAAAGACAGGAAUAGACGGCGGGACGCUCCUCCAGAAGACUGGACACCAUCAUCAGUCAUCUUGAUCCCUGAAACAACAAGUCCACAGAACAACAACCACGGAAUGAGCCGUGGAAAGGUAGGUGGCUAAUUUCUCUGCCUCUCAUUUCAGAGUUUGGGUGAAGAUGGAUGACUGAGAUGGAGAGAUCAGACCAGUACACCCAGAGAGAAAGAUGGAUGAAGACCACAUCCUUGGGCAGAUGGAUGAUGAGCAUGUCCUGUUGCCAGGAGGAGCGGAAAGUUCGCCAGCCCUCAGGAGGACGGGCCCCCCCCAGAGAGCCAGGAUCCUCCCAAGGUUUCUUCCUUUUACAGGAAGUUUUUCCUUGCCACAGUCGCCACAAAUCACAGCUCUUGUGAGCAGUGAUUCAAAUUCUAAUUGGCUCUAAAUUGGAUUUCAAUUCCAUGGCUCGCUCUCUGGGGAAGAACAAAUUUGGUAGAUUACAUAGCUUCUAUUUCUAUAUUAUCUUCUAGGAGAUAGAAGUUAGCAUACUAACCAGCUUGCCCCGGUCUGGCUGGACUGUUACGUCACUUUCCGGUACCAAGUCACUGUAAUGUCCAGUCUAACAUGAAGAAGUAGCGUCACUCAGACGGCGUAUUAUAACCUCUUUUCUUAAAUCCAAUCUUGGCUGAAGCUCUUGGCAAGACUGGUAAGUACAGCUGUUAAUGCUAACGUGGGCUAUUUAGUAAUUGCAAAACUUGCAAGGCAUAGAAUACAGUAGCUAGUAGGCAAGUUUGAAUAGUUGUGCUUUGAGGUGGGAUUUGAAACCAGGAAGACAAAUAAUCUUACAGAUUCCUUGUGGUUCCAGAGUUGAGGGGCAACACAGCUGAAGCCUCUAACCCCAUGGCAGUGAGACAGGCAGGAGGUUGCAAGACUUUUUUUUAAAAGUUAUUUAUUUGGGCAGUUUUUUGCCUUUAUUCGGAUAGGGACAGUGAGAGUGUGACAGGAAAGGUGGGGAGAGAGGGGGGAUAACAUGCAGCAAAGGGCCACAGGUCCUUUGCUGCAUGUCAGCAAAUGGUCCCUGCAGUAAGGACUGAGCCUAAGUGGUACAUGCUCUACCAGGUGAGCCCCCAGGAAGCCCCAGUAGGUUGCAAGACUUCAUAUGUUUUAAAUAACAAAGAGCAAAGGUGUAAGGUGGUGUCAAGGAUGACAACCAAACUCUGAACCUGGGGUGAAGGAAGAACUGUGACAUUGUCGAUAUGUAAAGAGAAACUGUCGGGUUUGGUGGUUUUGGUGCUAAUGAAGAGAACCUCUGUUUUAUCAUGCUGAGUUUGAGCUAUUAUAUAUAUUAUUAAUAUAGCGCUUUUCAUGGUACACAAAGACGCUCUACAUGAUUUAAAAAAAGAUCAUAGAAACAUACUAAAAGUAUACAACACUGAAACAGCUGAUACAACCUCUGAAAGGGUAAGUUUUGAUUAGGGAUUUGAAUGUGGACAAUUCGGUGCAGUCUCUGAUGUGUUGGGGAGAGAGUUCCAGAGACAGGGGGCAGCUAUGGAAAAGUCUCUGUCGUUCCCUUUGUCUGUCUGUGAGAUGUGACCUUACCCAUGAGGGGCUGCACCGUUAAUGUUGAGGGAGGAUUGAAGGCGGGAGAGCAGAAUGGUGUGUAUGGGGUGCCGAAUGUAAAAAUUUGGUUACACUUGGUUACUGACUUUCCUCACAUUUAGCUAGUUUUGCUCUCAUUUGAGACAGAAAU